AUGGAGUCUGGACUGGAAUUGGUACGUGAGAAAUGUGGUCGUUUCCUUCAGUUCAUGAACGAUAGGAUUAACGAUCCUGUCCAACAGAGACGCCUAGUCCUCAUCAUCGUGUGUAUCGCCUUGCUGUUAGAUAAUAUGCUAUAUAUGGUCAUCGUGCCUAUCAUUCCUCUCUAUCUGGAUAAAUAUUUUGACAACGACGACGAGAUAGGAAGGAGUAGUAUCGCAAACGAUUCAGUGCUAUAUAACUACACCGAUUCUUAUAACGUAACCCUCGCUAACAUAACAACCAUUCUACCCACCACCACAACGAAAAAGCCAUUGGCCUAUGCCGAAGGAGGGGGUGCAAUCGGUGUCCUUUUUGCAUCAAAAGCCAUAGUACAAUUCUUCAUUAAUCCAUUCACUGGAGCUUUAAUAGACAGAAUAGGAUAUGAUCGACCUCUAAUGAUUGGAUUAUCUGUCAUGUUUUUCUCCACCAUUGCUUUCGCUUUCGGUGAGAGUUAUACCAUGCUUUUCGUAGCUAGAAGCUUGCAAGGUGUUGGUUCUGCAUUUGCCGAUACUUCUGGUCUCGCUAUGAUUGCCGAUAGAUUUCGAGAUGACUCGGAACGUACCAAGGCUCUAGGAAUAGCCCAGGCUUUCAUAUCGUUUGGUUGUCUUGUUGCCCCACCUUUUGGUGGUGUUCUUUUCGAGUUCGCUGGAAAGGUUGUUCCAUUUAUAUUUCUUUCUUGCUUGUGUUUGAUAGAUGGCAUCCUCCUUCUAUUCGUCAUGAAACCUAUGAGAAAAGAAAGAGAGAUUACACAGGAGGAGGGUCUUAAAGGCACCCCGAUAUACAGGCUGUUGAUAGAUCCAUACAUUGCAGUUGCUGCGGGAGCUCUUGCCAUGUCCAACGUGUCUCUAGCGUUCUUAGAACCAACCAUUGCUCUUUGGAUGCAAGGCACCAUGGAUGCUGCUGAAUGGGAAAUCGGUUUUGUUUGGCUUCCUGCCUUCUUACCAUAUAUCGGGGGAGUUUACUUGACCGUAAAACUCGCCAGGAACUAUCCGAAAUAUCAGUGGCUCGUUAGUUGCGUGGGUCUUGUGAUCGAAGGAACAUGUUGUCUUUUUAUCCCCUUUUGUACACAAUUUUUCGUGGUACUGUUUCCAAUUAUGGGACUGUGUUUAGGUAUAGCGCUUGUUGAUACAGCUAUUUUACCCACUCUAGGCUACCUGGUUGAUCUGAGAUAUGUAUCAAUAUACGGAAGUGUUUAUGCUAUUGCCGAUAUAUCAUAUUCCGUGGCUUAUGCGCUUGGACCCGUUAUGGCUGGCCAGAUUGUACAGUCGAUCGGGUUUCUGUGGCUUAAUGUGGCUAUAUUUCUCAGUAAUGUUCUGUACGCGCCAAUGCUUCUGUGUUUACGGACUAUAUAUUUGUAUAAACCUGUUGAAGAUGAGCGGGACGUUCUGAUCGAGGACCCGCCGUCUAAGCACUACAACACCUAUAUACAAAAUGGCGGGUUAUCUAAUGGAAACCUGAAAGAAGUCGGAAAUGUUGAAGGCCAGAAUCACUUAAAGUGGGAAACGUUCGAGGAUAAUAACAGAACUUCUGUGAAUGCGACACAUGCAGAAAUGGACAGUUAUGAACCAAAAGAAAACGGCGCGUCGUUCUCCUUUUAUUACAAACGCUGA